GGAAUAGCGCCCUCAUCCGCCGCGAAGAAGGCAGCCGCGAACGCCGACUCUGCGCGAGGAACGGAAGGAAGAAGGAAGGAACGCCCUUUCCACCGCUCGACGAUCCGGCAGCCGGAGUUCAGGUGCUCUGUGGUUAUCGUCACUGUUGUUUGACCAUCAGCAACAUCUUCAGCAUCUCUUUUCUUGGCAAUAUCUUUUGGUUUGAGAGUACAUUUGACUGAAGCGGUGCUUACCAUGAAUAACUAUCAUGCUCAGCCGCUCCCUCCAGGAGUUCAAUCAUAUGCUCAAUAUCCACCUAACCAACCUCCUCGGCCAUCCACUUCAGCUCCUUCUUAUCAUUCUGACAAUGCUGUGGGACCUCACUAUCAAUUUGGUGGAUUUGGAAACCACUCGUUGCCUCUUUCUCCUAAUUUUGUUCAAAACACAAACACUCAAAGCUUUUAUCCUUAUGCUGCAACACCUCUGGCUAAUUUUGCUCAAUAUGCUCCAAAUUUGUCGGGCCAGAACCCUUAUGGAAUUCAACAUGUCAGUGAAUCUCACUCUAACAUCCUUGCCGAUCCAAAUUUAACUCCCAAAUCCUAUGGAUCUUUAAAUCCAGAUGGUUCUAUUCACAGUGUGGUCCCAAGCCCUGUUGUUCACUGUAAUUCUUCAUUCCAUAGUAGUCAAUCCAAUGGCGAACAAACUUCACAUCUGCCAACGCAAAGUCCUGUAGUUUACAUGGAAGUGCAACAGAAAAUGAAUUCUGGGGAAGUAAAUUACUGUCAGACCAGUGAAGUUAGGACUUCUCAACAGGUCAAUGCUCAGCAAGGUGACUCAUUGUCUUCGAUGUUGAAUGGCCCUGAAGAGCAGGUGCCUCAAAAACUAAAUUUGAAGGUUGCGGAGAUACCCCAGCAUAUGGAUAGUUCAAAGCAUCAAGAGACAGGCUCGGUUGAUGCAAAGAUCGAGAGGUAUGAUGAUACCAUGUUCUCAGUUACUCAAGACUCUGGUUUGAAAAAUCUCUCUGAAGAAUCCAACAGACUGCCAGAUAAUGCUAGUGCAUCUCCUGUUUAUGCCAGCAAUUUUAUUGAAAGUGCUCAGGAUAUUGAGACUGCCGCUCAAAAUGCAGUGCUCCGAGAACAAGAAGUUGCGACUCGAAAUGUCAUACGCAAUCAAAGAGAGGCGAAUGUUGCGACUCGACCUCCUGAUGACGAUGCAGACAUCUUCAAAGAACGUCGUGACCCCAAUGCCUUAAAAGAACAUUUACUGAGGAUGGCAUCUGAGCAUCGUGCAGAGAUGGCUUUAAAGCGGGGGAAGGCUUCCUCUCCUGAAAAUGGUAAUUUAGAAAUUGGAAAUGGAUAUGGUGUACCUGGAGGAGGGGCUUACGCUGUUGCUGCGAGGCCCGAUGUUACUAUGCCCAGACGUGUCGGGAAUGAAGAAUUGUCUGCUGCAAAAGAAUUGCCAGAGUAUCUUGAGCAGAAAUUGAAAGCACGUGGCAUAUUAAAGGAUAAUAAGGCCGAUAAGGAUCCUGUUGCAGCUGUGAAUAAGUUGGACAUACAGUCAGCUCAGAUCUCGCGGAGUGGAAGGUUGCCUCCUGGAUGGAUUGAGGCUAGAGACCCAGCAACUGGUGCUCCGUACUAUUAUAAUCAAAGCACUGGGAAGAGUCAGUGGGAAAUUCCUCAACAAACUUCUUCUGCUGGCCACUCUCCAUCAUCAUUUUCUCUUCCAGAAAAUUGGAUUGAGGCAUUUGAUGAGGCGACAGGUCAUAAAUACUAUUAUAAUACGGCGACACAUGUAUCGCAAUGGGAGCGUCCUAGUUCAUCUGAGCCGGUUGCUUCACAACAUGAUACAAGCUCGGUGUCUCAAAGUGCAGCUAACAAAAAUUGUGACGACCAGUCAUCUCAUCUGACGAGAUGCAUGGAAUGCGGUGGCUGGGGACUGGGUCUUGUGCAGUCUUGGGGAUACUGCAACCAUUGCACUCGAGUUCUUAAUCUUCCUCAGAGCCAGUACAUAUCAAGCAUUUCAUAUAACUAUCAGCAGAUCAGCAUUAAUGCAAAAGGAGAAGAUACUGAGAGAAAGUCCUCCAAGGACAGGUCUGGCUGGAGACCUCCUAUAGGAAAGAAAAAUAAAAAAGAUAGCAGGAAACGUGCCUUUUCUGAGGAUGAUGAGUUGGAUCCCAUGGACCCAAGCUCUUACUCAGAUGCUCCUCGUGGAGGAUGGGUUGUAGGCUUGAAAGGAGUACAACCACGUGCAGCUGAUACCACAGCCACGGGUCCUCUGUUUCAACAGCGGCCGUACCCGUCUCCUGGAGCUGUCUUAAGGAAGAAUGCAGAAAUUGCUUCACAAAGCAAGAAACCCAACUCUCGUUAUGCACCUAUAACAAAGAAAGGGGAUGGCAGUGAUGGACUAGGCGAUGCUGACUAAACUCGGGAUAUAGUCUCAAUCAGAUUUAAGUGGUGAAAGAAUCCUCAAUGCUGCUUUUUGUGUCGCCACUGAUGCUUUGGGCGUGUAUGCUUCCCGCCUUCAGAUGUGCUGGACAUGGUUUGGAUGACAUACUGGCAAUGGAACUUUCCUGAGGGUAUUUUGCUAAGAAGAGGGAAUAUAUGCCCUUUUACUUUCCAAAUACAGAAGCCUGCUAAUGUGUCGAGCACGUGUGAAAUUGAAGAGGCGGCAUUUGAAAUGACUUGUUUCUUCAUCAUAAUGCAAGUAUAGCCUAGAUCAAUUGCCUGAA